CGCUAUCUUAUCAACAAUCACCAUUUAUAUCAGUCGAAAUCUCCGUUCGCCGCAGUUUCCGCCGAAUGCCCGCCCAGUGAACCGAGCCCCCAUGGUACAGUUUUCGGCAACGAUGGGCCAGAACGCGAGCCUGCCGAAGCCGGGCCGCCGGAAAUCGCUGCGCUCGUUCACCAGGAAGUCGCAGACCCACGCCAACCUCAGCCACACUUUCACCCUCAACGACAACGAAGACAAGAUCGAGCUGCUGAACAUCAACCAGGCCAGCGAGGAGGAGCUGAUGACGCUGCCCGGGGUGAACCGGGAGGUGGCGCGGAGCGUGGUGGAGCACCGGAAGGCCAUCGGCCGGUUCCGGAAGGUGGAGGACCUGGCGCUGGUGCGGGGCAUCGGGGCCGACAAGCUGGAGGCGCUGCGGCCCGAGAUCUGCGUCAGCAGCAGGAAGAACCUGAGCUGUGCGUCCUCGAGGGCGCAGAGCUACGACAGCCUGAGGAGCACGGACUCGCGGCUGACGGUGAAGGGCAGCAGACUUGUUAAUGUGAAUAAGGCGAACGUUUUCGAACUGCAGUGUGUGCAUGGGGUGACGCAGGAGAUCGCAGCGGCUAUAGUACAUUACAGGGGCAAAAAGGGGCCCUUCAAGCAGGUUGAAGAUCUCCUUAAAAUCAAACCUAUUGACCGCAUCCGCCUCGACAACAUCAGUCGUUUCCUCACCGUGGACAACUCCGACCAAGAAGACCCCGACUUCGAGACACCCAGAUCGAGUAUUUUGCAAAACGGCUUCCACCACCAGUCGGCUUUGGACAAAAGGGCCAACGGAGGUCCUUUAAAGCUGCCGCUUUUGAACGGUUUAUCUUCCUCUUCGCUUUUCGAUAUUUUCGAGCUGUUGUCGGCGUACUCGCCGCGACCCAUCCUCGAGGAGACCUUCGACUUCACCAGGAAAGGCGAGCCGGCGAUCCGGCUGGCGUCCUGGAACCUGCACGAGUUCUCGGCGGAGAAAGCCAACAACCCGGGAGUCAAGGAAGUGGUGUGCAGGACGAUUCUAGAAAACGGGAUUUCUGUGCUGGCUGUCCAGGAAGUCCUGAGUGUGACGUCCCUGAAGUUGAUCUGUGAUGAACUCAACAAGCCCAAAUUAAGACGUGUAAGCGAAUGGAAAGACAAAAACCACAACUGGAAUUUUUGUAUGCUGGAUGUAGAAGGGUCACAGUUAGGAUUCAUCUAUGAUUCUGAUGGAGCGAUUGAUAUUGAAUUGAUAUCGUUGACUCAAGGCCCCGACGAAACUAAAGACGACUGCGAAGUCCUAAUAGCCGCAUUUAAAAUAGGAGAAUUAAAUUUGCAACUAGUUAACAUGAAGCUGAACAAGUCGGCGAAGCUGGAGACAUUACGCGACAAAAUUAAAGAUCUAGUGUCAGAGGAAGACAUGUUGGUUUUGUUUGUAGAUUUUUCCGCUUUUUCCACCGUUACAGAUGACUGGUUGAAGUUGGGAGGUCUCCAACCAGUGUUCCCAUCAUCCAUGAACACGAGCUACCUGAGUUCAAAAAUGGGACUAAGUCCACAACACAUAUCAAAUAUUUUAUGCAAUUCCAAGGUGCAGGGACAAAUUACGGGUAUUAACGGGGUGAUUCGCCAGGGUGUUACGCACCUGGCCAUCCCCAAUGGGUGGAACUGGGGCGGGCCCACAUCGCCGUACUGCCCGGUCUGGGCAGAGUUCUUCUUGAAUUCCAUUAUGGGCACAGCGUUGUGAUAUUACGUCAUGUUAUAUUUAAUUUUAUUUAUUUUCGACUGGAUAUACUUCACGUAAUUUACAAAAUAUGGCUGUGUGUCACCGGCGGGAUGUUUUGUGAUACGGUUUUAUUUUUAAAGUACAGAGUCAACGUAAUGCUGCGAGGACGCGCGUUUGUAAAAGGCUUUAAUUUAAUAAACGUUAUUUUAUUAGA